CUUCUACCACUUCUUCUCCUUCCACUUUCCGGUUUAUUUACAGCUGGCGUUCAAGGUGGCCUACCCAAGCGGCGCGUCGUUGUCGCCCUAUACGACUACAAGUCGCGCGAUGAAUCUGAUUUGAGCUUCAUGAAGGGCGACCGGAUGGAAGUAAUCGACGACACCGAAUCCGAUUGGUGGCGCGUAGUCAAUUUGAGCACACGUCAGGAGGGUUUAAUACCGCUAAACUUUGUUGCCGAGGAGCGCAGUGUCAACAGCGAAGAUUUCUUUUUUCGAUUUCACAUUUACCCAGUGUUGUUGGCGGAGGAGAAUCCGCGCGGCACAUUUCUCGUACGCCCGUCGGAACACAAUCCUAAUGGAUAUUCGUUGUCGGUGAAGGAUUGGGAAGAUGGCCGUGGCUACCAUGUGAAGCACUAUCGCAUCAAACCGCUUGACAAUGGUGGCUACUACAUUGCCACAAAUCAGACUUUCCCUUCGUUACAGGCGCUCGUGAUGGCCUACAGUAAAAAUGCACUUGGCCUUUGCCACAUUCUGUCACGUCCGUGUCCGAAGCCACAGCCGCAAAUGUGGGAUUUGGGACCGGAAUUGCGUGACAAGUACGAGAUACCACGCUCCGAAAUUCAGUUAAUACGCAAAUUGGGACGUGGCAACUUCGGUGAGGUGUUCUACGGCAAAUGGCGCAACAACAUUGACGUCGCUGUGAAAACGCUGCGCGAAGGCACCAUGUCAACGCAGGCAUUCCUGCAAGAGGCAGCUAUAAUGAAGAAGUUUCGACACAAUCGUUUGGUGGCAUUAUAUGCCGUCUGCUCACAGGAGGAACCCAUUUACAUUGUGCAGGAGUACAUGUCCAAAGGCAGCUUACUGGACUUUCUACGUGAAGGUGAUGGCCGUUAUUUACACUUUGAAGAUCUUAUUUAUAUAGCCACACAAGUGGCAUCCGGCAUGGAAUAUCUCGAAUCGAAACAAUUAAUACAUCGUGAUCUGGCCGCACGCAAUGUGCUAAUCGGCGAGAAUAAUGUUGCCAAAAUUUGUGAUUUCGGUUUGGCGCGUGUCAUCGCCGAUGACGAAUACUGCCCCAAACAGGGUUCACGCUUCCCUGUAAAAUGGACUGCGCCCGAGGCGAUAAUCUAUGGCAAAUUUUCAAUAAAAUCCGACGUUUGGUCUUAUGGUAUUCUACUAAUGGAAUUAUUCACCUACGGACAAGUGCCAUAUCCAGGCAUGCAUAGUCGAGAAGUGAUUGAGAAUAUUGAACGAGGCUUCCGCAUGCCAAAACCGACUAAUCAUUAUUUCCCCGAUAAUAUUUAUCAUCUACUACUACAAUGUUGGGAUGCGGUGCCGGAGAAACGACCAACAUUUGAAUUCUUAAAUCACUAUUUCGAAUCGUUCACUGUGACGUCAGAGGUGCCCUAUCGGGAAGUGCAGGAUUAAGCAGUGAGUUUGGGGGCGUAGUAGAUAGCUGAGGAGCACUCGAAACGGCAGCGUGUGGGGAGUUGACGGCGCCGGCAGCGAGUGCUGCAUCAUUAUUGCCAGUGCGAUAUACACAUAUACAUAAACAUAAAUAUAACUAGUUUUAAUUUUAAGCCUUUUUAAUUGAAUUGAGAUGUGAGCAAAGGAAGGAGUCUUAUGCAAAAAGUAAAAACUGAAUAAAAAGUAAUACAAAAAAAAA